AUGAAGAUGUUCUGUGCCGGAGAGGAGACUGCUGGAGACAAGCAGAGUCUAACAUGUCAUGCUGCUAAAAAAACAAAGCUGGUUCCAACACUUGGAAUUCGGGUCAAACCACAUAUUAUUGCUGCAAAUAUAGACCUAGAUAUUAUCUCACCAAAAUCGUCCAAUACUCCUCCCUGGCAGCUGGGAGUUGGAGCUGGUGAAGUGGGUGUAGAUGUUAGCUUGCUGUUUAGGGGGGCGGCUGAUGAUGUGGGAGGCUUUUCCUAUGAACGGGAGGGCGACACUAACCACUUCCAUGAGGUAGUGAACAACAUCCUCCAAGACCCCACCACCUACACCAAGAUCAAGACGGACCCAACUGCCAAACUCCUUCGCCAACAUAAAGCCCUCCUAAAACAACUAAAAGACAACUUUGAAAUUAGCCAAGUUCUUCACCACCAACUCUCCGUCAAUCACCCCCAACCACCCUAUGCCAGAGCCACCAUCAAAAUCCACAAGAACCCUCCUAAAGCCCGAAAAACAGCCGACUCCUUCAUCUCUGACUCCACGGACUUCUGCUCCAAACUCAAGAACAUCACCGAUCCAGAUCAAAUCAUCAGUUACGAUGUAGUAGACCUCUUCACCAACGUACCCAUAGAAGUCACUCACUCACAAAUUCUCCGCCGUCGCAUCACCAAAACUCCUCUUGAAACCAGCCUAUCUACUGAUUCUAUCAUCGCCCUCACCACCGCCUGUAUCUCCUCUACCUACUUCACCAGGGACGACGAGUACUAUCAACAGAUACACGGCCUACGCAUGGGAUCCCCACUGUCUCCUAUCCUUACUGAAAUCUACAUGACCCACUUCGAACAGCAAGACCUCACCACAUCACCCAUCCAACCUAUUUGCUGGUACAGGAAAGUUGACGACACCUUUGUCAUCCUAAAACAAGAUCAAAACCCAACCCUGCUACUACAACAUCUUAACCAACAACACCCCCGAGUACAGUUCACCAUCGAAAUAGAAAAGGACAACCAACUACCCUUCCUAGAUGUCCUCGUUUGUAGAAACUCAGCUAACAGAAUUCAAACCAGUGUCUACCGGAAGCCCACCCACACCGACCAGUAUAUCCACUUCAACCCUAACCACCCUCUUAGAACCAAGACUGGCAUCAUCUCCACCUUUACCAAACGUGCCAACAACCUUUCUUCUGCUGACCCCAAACCUGAGAUCGAACACCUCCGCCAAGUCUUCACCCACCUCAACUAUUAUCCACCCAAUCUCGUCGACAAAGUCAUCACCUCAGUACUCCAUCCCACAUCCAGACCUGCGACCCUUAAACCCGAAUCAGCGCCCUUCCGCAUCGCCCUCUCGUUCAUCGGAAAAGCCUCCCACAUCAUCAGCCGCCUCCUCAAACAGCAAGCCAACAUCGACACCCACUUCACCAGCUCCAACUCCCCCAAGACCCUAUUAAGAGCCAACGGCAGGAACACAACCAAACCCCAAGAGCCUAAAGGUGUAGUUUACAAAAUUGACUCAACUAUGGACAGUCUUACGUAG